GAUCAGAGCAGAUCAGCGGUUGGCUCUCGCUGCGUCCUCUGUUCCCUCUAUUGUUAACCGAGGUUAUUUUUACUUUCUGUCCCGGCUCUUAAUAAUUGGGCGGUAAGAACAGCGGAUUGGAAUGGAGCUCCUACCCUUUCUAUGAGUGCUUGAGAUUUUACUGGCUUGUCGAGCGCCGACAGUUCUAAAAAUACUCCACAAGGGCCGGCCAGGUUCCAUAUCGGGUUCCGGCUGAAUACACUCGGAACAAAAACGCAGGGCAGCUGCAGCCGUGUGAGGGUUUGGGACAGGAGCGGCUGGGACGCACUCUUAUUUCCCCGCAGUCUGGAGGGAUGGGGGAGCCGAAGGUCGAGCUGAAGGCGGUGGAUGAAGAAGCAGAGGCGAAACAGCAGGCGAGUAAGAAUGGGAAGAAGUCCAACGGAGCAGGAGGAACCUCCUUCUUCACCUGGUUCAUGGUGCUGGCGCUUCUGGGAGUGUGGACGUCUGUAGCCGUGGUCUACUUUGACCUGGUCGACUAUCAAGGCGUCAUUGCCAAGGCAAAGGACUUGCGUUAUAAUCUUUCAGAGGUGUUACAAGGUAAACUUGUGUCCUACGAUGCUGACGGCGACGGCGACUUUGACGUGGAGGAUGCCAAAGUACUCCUAGGACUGAAAGAGAAGCCCAUCGUUGUGACAAGUCCACCUGCUGAAGAAGAGCCCUCCACACCACCUGUUGAAGCUGAACCUGUUGUAGAGGAGGAGAUUCAAGCCGAGCAAGUUAAGGAAUCCGCUCAGCCUCCACCAGAGCCAGAGCCUGAGGCUGAGCUUGUGGAGGAGGAGCCUGUGGCUGCAGAAGAGGAGCCUGUGGUGGAGGAGGAGGAGCCUGUGGUGGAGGAGGAGGAGCCUGUGGUGGAGGAGGAGGAGCCUGAGGAGGAAGCAGCUGAGGUGGAACCAGAAGAGGAGGAAGACCAAGAGGUUCCUGAAGAAGAACCAGAAGUUGUAGAGGAAGAGCCAGAAGUGGAAGAAGAGGCUGAGCCAGUUCUGGAACAGGCCGCUCCAGUUGAAGAGGUAGUUGAGGAGGCUGCCCAUGUAGAAGAAGCAGUCCAGGAGGUAGUUGAGGAGAUUGUCCAUGCAGAAGAAGCAGUCCAAGAGGUAGCUGAAGAGGCUGUCCAUGGUGAGGAAGCAGUCCAGGAGGCAGUUGAAGACGCUGUCCAUGUAGAAGAAGCAGUCCAGGAGGUAUUUGAAGACGCUGGCCAUGUAGAAGAAGCAGUCCAGGAGGUAUUUGAGGAAGCUGGCCAUGUAGAAGAAGCAGUCCAGGAGGUAUUUGAGGAGGCUGCCCAUGUAGAAGACUCAGUCAAGGACGCUACUCCUGUUGAGGCAGUUGAGGAGGCUGCCCCUGUUGAGGAGACAGUAGAGGAGAGGGCAGAAGCUGCUGCACCUGUUGAAGAGGCAGUUGAGGAGGCUGCCCCUGUUGAGGAGACAGUGGAGGAAAGAGCAGAAGAAUAUGCACCUGUUGAAGAGGCAGUUGAGGAGGCUGCCCCUGUUGAGGAGACUGUGGAAGAAAGAGCAGAAGAAGCUGAACCUUUUGAGGAGACUGUAGAAGAGGCAGCCCCUAUUGAGGAAGAAGCACCUGUGGAGGAAGAGGCGGAGGAGGCAGUAACGGAACAGGACGAAGCGCUUCAUGAAGAGGAAGCUGAAGAAGAACCAGAGGCAGAAUCGGAAGAGAAUGAAGAUACAGAGGAAACAGAAGAGGCCACAAUUUAUGGAACAACAGAAGAAACAGAGGCAGAGGAGACAGAAACACCAAGUCAGUUUGAAGAUGAGCUAGCUGCUGAGGAGGAGCAGCCGGAAGAAGUUGUUACAGAAACGUAAAGUUGCGAGGCUGCGUGUCCCGAGGCAGAGAGGAGCAGCCAUGUGGCAUUCCACUAUGAGCGAGCAGCUGAGCGUUCCCACCACGGAGUAACAGAGGACAAAACUAGCAUCCUGUUUUUUUUUGUUUUUGUUUUUUUUUUGUUUUUUUUUUUAAAGGGGUUUUGUUUUUGUUUGUUCCAUUUAGACACUCAGAUAUUGAAAUGAUAGUGUGGUUUCUUGUGUAUAUGUUAAGUAAUUUU